CAAGUCACUCGCCCUGCUCGACAAGUUUCUUAUGGAACUGCGUCUCGGUCGCCUUACUCGCCAGGCAACCGAAGGCAACGUCCUACAUGCAGCAGAUCGGCGCGUAGCGGUGCAUAAAACGGUAGAACUGCUGCGUCACAUGAUUGGAUCGACGCGAUGGAAAUCGGCUGCGCAGCUCCUGCAUUUGCUGCGAGGACUCGGACGGGAGCUGCAUGCAGCGGGAGGUUUUCGCGAACCCGCCAUUGGCAACGUCGUUCGUCGCACCAUGGCGGCUGUGCGAGAAGAAGCCUUACGGGAAGCUCAGGAAGAAGGAGGCAGCGAGUCUUCUCCCGGAAGACUGUCGUUGCAGAGUAUGCUAUGGGCUCUACCGCAGCAACAUGUUCGUACCACUAGUCGAUCCUUUCAUAAUGUUGGUGAUCACCAACGACAAGAGUCGUUCGCAUCCGAAGCAGAUUUGCAGACAGAAUAUCCGCCAAGCUACUACAGCAGUCGUCCUAACCUCAAGCAGGCUGUCAUGGAAGCGAUCACGGAAAUAUUUACCGAUUUGGAAGAUCUUCAUAAGAACAUUAACGAACAGGCCACAAACCACAUUCACGCUGGCGAAGUCAUACUGACCUGUGGCCGCAGCAAAACAGUCGAACUUUUUCUCAAGGCGGCCGCUGCAAAGAAACGAGAGUUUCAAGUAAUAGUGUGCGAGGGUGCGCCUCACUACGAUGGGCACGUGAUGGCCAAGGAGCUCGCGGAUGCCGGCAUCGACACUGUCGUGAUUCCCGACUCCGCUAUCUUUGCUAUCAUGGUCCGUGUCAAUAAGGUCUUACUUUCAGCUCACGCAGUCUUGGCAAACGGAGGCCUCGUUGCUAAUAGUGGUUGCAACAUGGUUGCGUUAGCGGCGCACCACAACUCCGUUCCGACCGUCUGUAUUACGGGUAUGUUUAAACUUUGCCCAAUGUACCCCCAUGAAGGACAGGAUACGCUCAACGAUCUCGUUAGUCCCGCAUCAGUGAUUGCGUAUGCGGAAAUGAGCGACCAGCUUUUAACGGACGUCGAGUUUGUGAACCCGGUGCACGAUUAUAUCAAACCGGAAUACGUCAAUCUCUACAUCACUAACGUUGGUUCCUUUCAACCGAGUUUCAUUUACCGACUACUGGCGGAAUAUUACCAUACAGACGACUGGGAAUCGUUUGAGUAA